CGAUCUUUCUUAAAUUUUAGCAAUCCAUGUGUUUGAAACAGCAUCUGGAAAACCAAUGGGCGAUGGGAAGCCUGUCCAACAUUCGGUAAUUGUGUUAGCAUUUAAGUUAGCCUGAAAACGGACCUACAUCAAAAUCAACCCACGAGUCUUCUGAGUAGUUUUUAAUCCUGUGCAGUAAUAUGUGCAUAAAUUGUCUCUUUCGGUAAUUGUCUUUCUGUCUGUCAGUUCCCACGCCCUUUUCUACCCAUCCAAACUCUUCGCAGUUUGGCGUGCACAAUACUUGGCCUGCACAAUACUUGGAAACUAUUUUGUUUGAUAUUUGGAAAGGAAAAUAUAGAACCUCCAUGGUAGGAGGUUGUCUCUGUUAUAGGUGUGUUGAUAUAUUCAUGCGGCAUUUAUUAUCAUUGAUUUUAUUCAUUAUUUAACUCACCGUUUUGUUCUUUGGUUAGCACGAAGUCCUGGAAAUUGCUGUGAACCAAUUUGGACCAAUCAACAAUCGUCAACUUGCGUUAAUUGAUAAGAAUCGUGAUCUCUUUAUCACCGCAGUACAACGUUUUGGCUCUGCACCAAGAAGAGCGAAGCUGGGUUAGUCUUUUUAAUAAACUGCAAUCUCUAGUUAUAUUAGGUAGCUCUAUCACUCUAGAGGUUCAGUAAUGACAAGACCAUACUGGCCCAGUGUUAGUAUACAGGAGAAAAUCCACUAAAAGUAAACUAACUUUAUUCAUAGCGGAUACCAGUACAACCUCGUUCCCAGGGUUGAUACCAGUAAGGGCAUCCCUUAUUUGUCCAGUGUCACUAUACAGUAGGAGCAAACUGAAUGGACCUAUUCCCUAAUGAACAAAAUUUUGAUCUAGACAAGUCUGGACAAACAUUUCAGUAUUUCACCACAGCUUGAAAGAGCAUCACAAAAUUGCGGAUAAUAUAUGUAGCACUGCGAAGUUUGCCGUUUUUCAGUCAUUUUGUUUUACGCACGGGAAAUUGAUACCGCUUUCUGAAAAAAAGUUAUCAAUUUCCCGUGCGUAAUACAAAAUGACUGAAAAACGGUAAACUUCGCAUUGCUAUAUUAUCCACAUUUUACAACAAUUCGCAACGAAACUUCGGAAUAUUACUAAUUUUGUGAUGCUCUUUCAAGCCGUGAUAAAAUUUUUGUCUAGACUUGUCUAGAUCAAAAUUUUGUUCAUUAGGGAAUAAGUCCAUUACCAAGGGAAAACAUGUGGAAGGUGAAAUGAGAAUUACGUGCAUAAAAGCUGCUGGAAUCAAACUUCGUGUAAAAACCACAGUACCACUACCAUUACCCUUGUGUGUUCAAUAUUGUGUGCCGUUUAAUCUACUAUAGUUUACACAUACUGUAGUCAAUAUUAAUCUGAGAUUCUGUUUAUGCGGUUUAUAUACUUUUCCCACGAGCUAAUCUUCAGUUUUGAAAAACCAUAAAGAAUGUCUGUUUUAAGAAUUAUGUUUUAAAAUAUUUCCUGAACAGGAACCAUGGUGACGUCAAUGUCGUGGAAUGAUUCGUCAAACAUGUUAGCUGCAUUUCAAGAUGGCGUCUUUACUGUAUGGUGUUAUCCUGAAGCUGUUCUUGUUGAUCAAGAUAGUUUGAAUGAGACAUUAAUAACCAAAGACUCUAGGUAAUUAUCUUGCAUGUUUUCAAUGUCAAGGAAAUGUUCAAGUUACAAAAUUAUAAUAUUACAAAAAUCUCGUUUCCAUUUAGCUAUCCCGACCACAUCAACAUGUAGUGUUGAUUUCUACAACCUGUAAGGCUGAUUUGCAUACAGCACACAAAAUACAAGAAAGACGCAGUUAGUUUUUGCAUUAGUUAAUUUUUGGGAAAAUAUUUUGUCGUCUCAUUUCACGAGUGGUACAUUUUCGUAAAAAAAUGUAUUGCCAAGAAGUAACUGAUUGUCAAAAACCGCGUCUCACGGUUUAGUGAAUAUUAAAAUGUAUAACAAAAUGAAUAUUUUGCGUCAGCAGUGCACAUACACCGCGGUAGCGUAAAACCCAUUUUCCUUUAGGCGAAUUUGUUCUCGCGAAGUGAAGCCAAACACAAAUUUGGGCAUUGUGGUAGGAUCGUUUCCUACAUUUCCGCGGCGAAUUUUUCCGCCAACCAAUCGGCGAAAACGGCGUGAAACAGUCUUAAGCUUUAUACCUUUAACUAAUGUAUAAACUAUGAACUACUAUGAACUGCUAGCCGAGCGACUGUAUUUUCAUGGCGUCCCGUACAGCUAUUAGUAUCCAGUUUUUGAUAUAUAUAGCUUCUUUGCGUACUUAUAAUGUAGAAUAAUGAAAAAAAAUUUUCAAACUCAAAUUUUGCAAACCAGAGGGGUGUGUCUUUUCCAACAAACUAAAAAUGGCUUGCACACGAGAUUUAAAAGCUUUAAUCGUAUUUUGAGUUAAUGGGUGAAACAUGUGUUUGGUGUUUAAUUGCUGCACGAAAUUUCAGACAAUUUGCUUCAGUUUCCUAAAAAAUCGCCUUUUGCAUGCUUAAUUAAUGCAUUUGCCUAAUUUGCAUAUUGCAGCAAUCUCGUACCCAGACUCCCAGAGUAUGCCCGUUCGUUGGAAAAGAAACACCCCCUGGUUUACAAAAUUUGAGUUCGAGUAUUUUUUUUCAUUAUUCUUCACAUUAUGGGUACUCAAGGAAUCUAUAUAUUAUAACAAAAACUUGAUACCACGAGUUUUGCGAAAUUGAGAGCAAUUUCAAAUCUGUUCAGUUCUUUUUUAUACACACUGUAUAUUCAUCAUUCACAGGAGCACAAACUGAAGAUAUUAUGAGAUUUUGUACUCAGCAAUGUGUGACUAUACCCACAAGUGUGCACAAAUUUUAUUACGUUCUGUACAUCGUAUAUUUAUCAAUUAUUUUUAUCUCUAUUCGGCUCUAGUGAUUUUGGCAAGAAUCCUCACAUUGCUAGUUUCCUCGGCAAUGUUUGUUCAAUGAGACGAGCUGAUGGAUCAUUAUGCAGUACUGUGUAAGUAUGCAACAAGUUUCCAACAACCAAAGUUGUUUCCUGUGGUUUCGCCUAAGUUGUUUCCUGGAUAGACCUAGAAAUUUCUUUGUAUCACGAUUUUGGGCAUAUUGCUAAGGUUUUUAUAGAUGGAAAUCUGGAGCUGUAGAUUGUAUACAAUAUUCAGACCUAACCAGGAAACUGUGAAAAAUGCACCUAUAACACCCGUAUUCUAAAAGCUCACACUCAAUGAGUGGAAGUUCAAUCUGAGCUUCUCUUGAGUGUCAAUGCUGUUUUUGAAUAGUGUCGUCCCUACGUCGACUACUCACCCUCCAGUUAUUCAAAAACAGCAUUGACACUCAACAGAAGCUCAGAUGGAACUUCCACUCAUAGAGUGUGAGUGUGAGUGUAAAUGUGAGUGUGAGUGAGUGUAAAUGUGAGUGUGAGUGAGUGUGAGUGAGCUUUAGAAUACAGGCGUAAGUCAUCUGGCAGACCUGACCUACUGCAGUGUUGCAGUUAUCACAGCUGUUUCUGGUUAGUCUGAAUAUACAAUCUACCUUCGAAAUUUCCAUCUACCAAAUCCCUUGCACAUAUCUUUGUGCACUAUAUUUUGAGUAGUUUACGAAAUUAUUUUAUUGAUUCUACAGUAUCUCACCUUAUCCUAUGAUGUUACAUAAAUAUACCACUGAAUCGAAGUGGCCAGAUGCUGUUCGUCUCUGUAGAUUUGUUAAGGUGAGGAUAUUAUCUUCAUAACUUGCUCGUACUCUAUCUCGACUGUAUAGAAUGAUGUACCGUCACUAUGCUGUGCAUAGACUGCUCAUAAAUUAUCAUUUAUUAAGUGUGAUUUUGUAAGGCUAAUUGAAAGGCAAGAAAGAUGACAAGUUGGGUAACACAACACGAAAGGUGCCUCACCCCACUACAUAGGACUUUGUAUAUAAUCUUUUUAAUUUCUUGAUCCAGGACAAAACUCUUUGGGCAUGUCUUGCAACAAUGGCAGCUUAUGGCAAGGAAUUAAACACGGCUGAGAUCGCUUAUGCUGCUAUUGACGAGGUAUGUUUCCUAUGUAAAUUCCUCACCAGAAACAAUUUACCGUGUGUUGGUUAUUUAAAAAAAUAUAAAAUAUAUUUGCUGGUCGUUGACUCGCAUGGAUUGCAUUGUACAUGUGUAUAUAAGCUGUUUAUUGAAUUCUUGUCAACAUUUUGUUGGCAUCUCACUCAAUUGAAUAUUAGUUGAAGGGGAUUGUAGAUGGAAUUAAUUAUCAACUGGCAAUCACCUGAAGUUACAUUUUCGCUUCUAUUCCUGGUUAUUGUAUAUAAAUUUCCACCCGAUAAUUUCCAUCUGCAAUACCCUUCAAUUAAUAUUCAAUCCAACAAAAUUUUGAUAUUUACACAUAACCUACUGUACACAUGGCAGUCCUCUAGUAUAUAUAUACAUGAACUUGUGGUUAGAGCUCGACAACUUGCCUCUGUAGCUCAAUUGCUUAGUUAGAGCGUUGCACCGGAAUCGCAGGGUCGCAGGUUCGAUUCCUGUCAGGGACCUAAAGUUGUAUUUUUCGCUUCUGUUCCUGGCUAGGUCUAAUAAAUGUAUUUAAAUUUCCACUCGACAAUUUCCAUCUACAAUAUUGAAUUCUUGUCUGCCAACAAUCAAAUGACAUUUGCAAUAACUUUUUUUAAAUCCUCGAUGAAUUUGGAAAUUUAGUGCGUCGAGUUUUUCGUGUAUUUCCAAAUCCAGUCGUUCUGUUUUAGUUUGGUAGGAGAAAUUCAACAGAAUCCAAAGAAUACUGUAAUAUUUCCCCAUUUAUUUUAUAACAUGAAUAAAUGUUGACUGACUAUUCAAAUAGAUUCGACUGUGAAAUCCCUCAUAAUUUCCCGGCAACGUUUUAAAUUAACCUUUGUUGUACAAUAGGCUGACAAAGUACCAUAUAUCCACGUUAAUUCACAUGAAAUGAAUUUUUGUUGUAAUGUAGGCUGACAAAGUUCAGUAUAUCAACCAUGUUAAAGAAAUCCCGACUAAAGAAGGACGAAAUGCCGCCAUGGCGCUAUUUUGUCAACAAAUUCAAGAAGCAGAGGUCAUUUUACUGCAAGCUGGUUUGAUAUUCCGAGCCAUUCAGAUGCAUAUUGAUCUUUUUAACUGGGACAGGUAAAAAAUACUUCAAUUACAUUAAUUUGCCUCCCGGCUUUGCUUCCGACUCAGUCAACACUCUUAAAGAUCAGUUCAAACGAAUUCAACAAUGUUGGCCCAAUCUCAUGCAACAAUGUUGAAUUAUUUGAUUUAAACUCUUUAUUUUUCAAAUCUUUUUCAUGAUUUAUCCAAAUUGAAACCUUUGUUAAAAUUUAAGCUAUUUAAUAUAACAUUAUUUGAAAAUUGUUGGAUGGUGUUUGAGUAGGUUCCGUUUGAACAGUACAGUACAAUGUACAUUAUUUUCAGACAUCACAAUUAUCUAAAGUUUUUGGUUAUAAAAUUAAAUUGGGAACGUUUAUGUCUGAACUGCGAUACUCAGUUAUGAUCGUACCUUGCAUGCUUUAUAUGUAAAAAUAGGUACGCCAAGCGCACAUGUAUCUGUUCCAUAUGUUGUUGCAUCCUCGUACACGGGGUCUGGGUACGAGGUUGAUGUUGUUGUAAACAGUAUACUGUUAGAUUGAUAGCUUCAAAGAGUGAAUAGGGACAGAAUAUCAUUUUACGAUGUUUGCUGAGUUUAAAAGUGUAAUUGUUGUGAGACAUAUAACAGCGAUAGAAUAGUGUCAUUGCCAAUAUUUAACAAUUAUUCGCCGAAGGCGAGGUGAUUAUCAGGGAAUAUUCGCCGAGACGAAGUCGAGGUGAAUAUUCCCCAAUAAUCACCGAGCCUGAGGCGAAUAAUUGUUUUAGUAUUUUUGCACAAGUUUUUUCGUGUUUUUCUGGUCUGAAUUCAUUUUAAUUUCGCUUAUUUCUUUAUCACUAACUUCAACAAAACGGCUAGCCGCCAUUUUGAAAAUUUCGAUUUUGUUAUAUUCACCUGUAGGUGAAUAUAACAGAUUAAUACGUCAAAUUUGACCAAUCACCUUGUAGGAUUUGUUAUGUUCACUUGUGCAAAAAUACUAAAAUAAAUUACUGUACCUGGAUGUAUAUACAGUUACAGCUUAUGGAAAAUUGCAAGAGUUGCUUUUCUGAAAGGCAAUGUCACAUUUCUGAUAGACAAUGUCACAAUGAUACAAUUAAACGUUGGCCCGUGUGCUGUAAUAUCGAGUAAAGCCUAGCAUGUAAAUAACGUGCACCUGGCUGUUAUUCGCAGAAUAGUAUAAGAAGGUUAGGGAACUCGAUGCAGACAUAAUAGACCUCAUUACCUUUGUUUUUGUCUUGGUUCAUACAAGAAAUGGUUAUUAUCACGCAUGUACUGUAUUUCGCUAGAGCAACCAAUAGCUAUGUUUUCAUGUAAGUUGUAACCAUUGUGUAAUAUCACAACUGGGUAAUUAUACCAACGCACUGCUAUUGGUUCGUAAUUGGGCGAAAAACAAUACAUACGUGACAAUGAACCGACCAUUUCUUGCAUUAACCAAGACAAAAACAUAGAUGAGGUAUGUCUGCAUCGAGUUUCCUAACCUUCUUAUUCUGUUGACCAUGUUCGCAGGUUACACGUAAUUAAGGCAUACACAGGUUCAGAGUAGUCGAAGCAUAGAUAACUCAGACCAUAGCCUAUCGAAGGGAAGAUGGCUGUGAAACUCAUUAAAAUAACAAUAUAACUCAUUAUCUAAAUUCAUAAAUCUGGUCGUUUCACCGUCACGUGUGUAUUGUAUUUUUACCAAAUCCACCAAUAGCAAUUUCCAAUUUCCCUAUUGUUCGAGUCACGGAUAGGUGACUUUCGUAAAACAUUCCUAUUGGUUAGUUGGGCAAAAAUACAAUACAUACGCAGGGUGCGAUAAUUCAAUAUUUUUAGCCGUACCUGACUGGUACUCCGACAACUUUUGCCGCGUACCUGGUCUGGUACAAACUUAAGAGUCAAGACGUACCUAAGACUACUUUCGAGUCAUGCGUUUUUAUACCUAUAGUUUACUGGUUCCGGUUUCAUAUUGCGAAAAAAUUAGGGUAGGUAGGUCGGAAAUAAAAAUUUUUAAUAUUGUUUUCAUGGUUUUGGCAUUAUCGGCGUUUGACGAUAACGAUUUUAAAAUCGCUCACCCGAGCGAUUGUUUUUCAGUCGGACGAUGACGAUAAAUUUUUUGAUCAAGCGCAAUUUUAUUCAAGCGCAAUUUUAUUCAAGCGCAACUUUAUUCAAUAAUUUUUAAAUAUUUUAUCUAAUUUUAUCAAUUUAAUGCACGGCACUCAUGAAAAACAGGUAGUUUUGUAAAUAUGUAUAGUAUAAUUUAUCAUAUAUCUAAUUUCCUUUGUUACUUUAUCAUAAGUGUGUAAAAUCCUGAUGAGUCCACCGUGACUAAAUAAAGUUCACAAUACAAUACAAAGAUAACCUUUUGGCUUUUUUCAUCCCAAAAUAUGUCGGAUGCGUGGAAUUUACAUGUACAGCUAAAGUUCUUCACGGUUUUGAAUACUUUGGCAGGUUUGCUAGUUAUUGCUAGAUGGAAAAUAUAAGUACGCGAAUAGCAAAGUUCCGCGUACCUACGUGGUACUUGCCUAAAAACAAAGAAGUACCAGACCAUAAAUUUGGCGUACCUCCGGUACGUUGGUACGCGAAUUAUCGCACCCGGCAUACGUGACGGUGAAGGACCAGAUUUAUGAAUAAACGUUGACCAACAUAGAUAAUGAGUUAUAUUGUUAUUCUAAUGAGCUUCACAGAAUCACAGCCAUCUUUCCUUCGAUAGUUUUUGCUCAGACGCUAUUCUUAUCAGUCUGAACUUCACUGUGGAGUAAAACAUUAAAGGAGCUCAUGGAGAUAAAUGCAGCCAAUUCAGUCUGAUUUAGCCACGAAAAGGUCAAUAUUUUGCUUCAAUAUGUUGUCUUCUCUUAUUAGAGCGCUUGAACUUGCCGUGAAACAUAAAACACAUGUAGACACCGUCAUUGCGUACCGAAAUAAACAUUUGAAUAGCUGUGGCAAGAAAGAAGACAACAAACGAUUUCUUCAAUUCGCUCAAGGCGUAAGUACUAUACGGACUUAUAAUCGUCAGUAAAUUGCUCUUCCACAGUUUCCCAGAUUUAUGCAUAGUACUGUAUACAUAUUCAUUGGAAGACUGGAGGAAAUCUGAUAUACAUGCAAAUGUCUAACAAGUAAUAAAGCAAAAAAGAUGAAAAUUUUGUUGUAAAGUUUUCUUGUUUUCUCGUCGCAACACAGUAUAAUUAUAUUUAUUUAGCAAAUCAGCAGUUUCAAAUAGUCAAUCGCAAUGGCGAAUAUGGUGAAGAAGUCAGUUCCAUAGUUUUGGUGCUGCAUAGUUUUGGACUAGCCGGGCUUACUGAUCGAAAGCUUUGCCAAACAAAACAACUAUAGUUAGUUCAACAAAGAAAUAUACGGGGAACUUUUCAAUUUGGCAGAUUUGUUUUACACAUGCUCACUAAGUCUAAAAUAAGAAAUUUUGUGUUUUAUGAACACGCCAUAAUAAUACGCCAUUUCACACUUCAUUCUUGAGAUAUUUAACAAUCUAUAUGAUAUUCAAAUUAUUCCUCACUAUGACGUCACAUUGCAUGACUUUCUGACACUUGAAUCAAUGUUAAGAAAUUUCACGUCGUAGUGCCUGAUAAUUUGCAUAACAAGCAUCGUUAAAUAUCUCAAGAAAGAAACAAGCUAAAAUAGUUUGGCCAUUUUAGUCAUUUUGAAUUUACUUUACAAUACAAUCAUUAAACUAUUAUGUGAGUUGCAUAAGCAUUUUAGUAAUGCAUUAAUGUUGUGUAUUCGAGUGAGGCCAAAAGCUACUGUCGAAACUAAAGCCUAACUUAGACAGCAAAUUUUAUUGUAAAAUCUAUAAAAAUAUAAAAAAGUGUCUUAAGUUAGCUUUCGUCGUCUACGACAUCAUCAGAGACAAUAUGAGUUCUUUAGAAAAAUAACUAUAAAUACUGUCUCCUGAAUUGCAAAAUAUUUAUAUGUGCACUGAUUAAAAUUUGCCGUCUAAAGUUAGGCUUUACUUUGGACAGUAGCUUUUGGCCUUAUUCGAAUACACAACAUUCAUAUAAUGCUACUGAAGGACAACUUUGUACGUUUAAUGCAUUAAUGUAUUGUAAACGUCUUUCAGGUUGAGAUAAACUGGGAGAACAUCAAUGCCAAAAUUGACAUGGAGAUGCAAAAAGAAGCUUCAAGACCAGGAGCAAAGCCGUACUUAACUUAAACAUCUCCAUCUGGGACCGGUUGUUCAAAGGCCAAAACCAGCUGUUCUGGUUUGCACCCUCUGCACGUCGGUUUGUUCUGUAACUUUAGAAACUAAAACUUGCUGGUCUUACAGUUUACCAAGGAUUAAGCUAACCGGCUUUCGAGCAACCGCUCCCUGGGAUAAACCACAGUCGUGCAUGCUUCAUGAAAUCAAGGGUGUUUCUUGUGAAGGCUCGAACAUACAUGAAGCCGCAAAUGUUAUUUGUGGUCAACCUUGCAGUGACAUGAACGUGUUCCAAUCCAACACCCUGGUUAUUUGUAGAUAUCUGGAAAUCCAUUAUUUAUUGUAUAAGAAUUCAAUGUAUAUACCAUAGAAAUAAUUACAUGUCACAGUUUUAACUAUUAACAGAGACAGUGAGGUCAGGAUUAUAACAAUUUCGUGCAGUUGCUUGGACUAAUAAUGGCUGGCCAGCUUUUCAAGAUUUACAUUAUCUGAUCACGUCUCACAUGAGCAAUACAGUAACUUUUGCUAAGUCUUAGCGAUCCAUCCAACCGAAAAGUUCUUGGUCUCUAAUGUUUUCCAGUUUUCUGCAUG